AUGUUAUCUUCUUUUCAAGGGAAGCUGGUGCGUAAUGGAGAGGAUAAGAAAACAGUGGUCUGGAUUGAGGGGAACAUUGCCAGUGGGAAGACGACAUGUUUGGAGUAUUUCAGCAAAACAAGUAACAUAGAGGUCCUCACAGAACCAGUGUCUAAAUGGAGGAAUGUUCGUGGACACAACCCUCUGGCUCUGAUGUACCAGGAUCCUGAGCGCUGGGGCAUCACACUGCAGACCUAUGUUCAACUCACCAUGCUGGAUAGGCAUGUGGCAGCCAUGUCAGCUCCUUUCAGGAUGAUGGAAAGGUCCAUCUUCAGUGCCAAGUACAUCUUUGUGGAGAAUCUCUUCAGAAGUGGAAAGAUGCCAGAGGUGGACUAUGCUGUUCUUACUGAGUGGUUUGAUUGGAUCACAACUAACAUAUCCAUUCCUGUAGAUCUUAUUGUCUACCUGCAAACGUCUCCUCAGACCUGCCAUGAGAGGUUAAAGCAGAGAUGCAGAGAGGAGGAGAAAGUCAUUCCACUGGAGUAUCUGGAGUCCAUCCACCAGCUCUAUGAGGAUUGGCUCAUCAAACCUAGUUCCUUCUUUCUUCCUGCUCCAGUUUUGGUGAUUCCUGCUGACCAAGAUCUCCCAAACAUGCUGCAUAGAUAUGAAGAGAACCGUGACAAGAUCCUAACAGCUAACUACCUCUAAUACCCAAACACACUCCUACAUCAACACAGGAGAACGCUGUUUACAGAUCAUUGUUAUACAUCUCAAUUGUCACAGUCACAUCUAUCUGAAGGCUAACAUUGAUAUUCAGAAGCUUUUAAUUAGAGAAUUUUCUUACCCAAAAUAUAUAUUAAAGGUGAUCUCAGACAGUGUCUCAGAUACCAGGUAAACAUUCCAUUCACCAUCUUAAAAGACUUCAAUAAGCCUUAAAGGAGCUUG